AGAGAACAGCCAAAGUUAGAGCGCCCAUCACCUCACCUUCCAUCCCUAACUUAGCAAAAAAUGGCUUAUUCGGCUAAUCAUUCGGUCUCUCCAACAUAUUUUUCCACGUAUCUUCUCUAUUACUCAGAUGUAGACUGCCUAUCUGUAAUUUUUUUAUUUUUGUUUCAACUCUGAAGCUGCCAGCCAUAAUUUCCUUCUCUUCUCACAGAAGUGAUCCAGAAUUAAACUUUCUUUUCUCUUUUUAUCAGAAUGGAGCAAGCAAGGUAUUGGAUGUGGGGAAAGAGAAAAAACGAUUUGAAUUCACGUGGUUUUGCAUCAUACGGAGAUUCUUGGGAAGAACAAGCCUUUGCAGAAGAUGCAGCUAGAGCUCUUGGAGGGUGUACAUGGCCUCCAAGAUCUUAUUCUUGCAGUUUCUGUAGAAGAGAGUUUAGGUCGGCUCAAGCCUUAGGGGGUCAUAUGAAUGUUCACAGAAGGGAUAGAGCCAGAUUGAAGCAGUCUUCAAUUCCACAAACUGAAGAUCUUCCUCAUAAUCAUUUUGGUCUUCAAUUUCCAUCUCAAAUAUGUACCUUGCUGUACAACCCUAAUCCUGAUUUUUCUGAUCCUGAAGUUUUAGCUUCGCCUUCGUCACAUAUUAGGGUUUCAGCUCCAUCUAGGAAGGCGAAUUCUGAUGAAGCGAUACCCGUCCUUCGUUUCUUUUCUAAAAGAUUAGAAGACUAUCAGAAGAAUAUCGUUUCGUCCCCUCCUGCAUCCUGGUCUAGCUUUAUAGCAGAGAAGGAUACUCGUGUUUUGGAUUUGUACAAUGAAGAGAGAAAAUCUAAGGCUUCGGAGCCAGAUAUUAAGGCUAAAGAAGAUUGUGCCAUGGAUGAUUUGGAUACAAAUCGACGUCAAACGAAUGAAUCCAGUAGUGAUGAGGAACUUGCAGGUUGCAAGAGAAGGAGAAUCGAUUUGAGGCCGUUAACGUUUUUACAAAAAUCAAGUGCUGUUGAGAGAUGUCAUCCCCAGUUGGAAGUUCUUAAAGUACGUUCUAGCACCAUAGAGGAAUUGGAUCUGGAACUUAGGCUUGGUGAGGCACCAAAGUUGAAGUAAACUGCAAAAUGGUAAUCCCAACAUGAAUAUGCAGACUGUUUUUUUAUCUGUUCAUUUCUGCUGAGAGUUUAUCUGCCUUGAUUUCUCCUUGACUUUGAUGAUUUGGGACCAGCUCUUCUUCCUUGAACAUGAUACAAUUUUACUUUCUCCCUUCCAAGUGCAGUGUGUAAUAGUUAAUUUUAUACAGUUUGAUAAUCUCAUACACAUUAAAGAACGCUUCAACUUGAGAAUAAAUGAUUGUUCUUCGUCAAAAUAUGGAUAGACAGUUGAAUUCCGGUAAUUACUAUUUUUCUCAGCCGAAAUAAGGGCUACAUCUGUUAA